AUGGUUUUCGGAAAGUCCACACGAUCAAUAUUUCCACUGCUUCCACCAUACGGUGCACACAAUCCGGCAGAUGGUCGGAUUAUUCCAUCUCAUCCAGAUGGCCUCACACCCUAUCUCGGCCUAAGAGCCCGGUUAUCACAAGUAUGGAUCAAUCGCUGGACGAUUUUGAUUCUGCUUGUACUUGUUCGACUUCUUUUAGCCAUCGGUAACAUACGGAGCGACAUGGCCAGUGCCAAACGCGAAGCGCUCUCUGCAUGCACCUCGGUUGAGUCCAUGGGCAGUGCUAUGGCGUCGAUGCCCCAUUACCUCGCAGGGGGAGUUAAUGAGAUGGUAGCCGCUGGCGUUACUGACGCAGUCAGCGGCUUGAAUAGCAUGUUAGAUCUCGUCAUCACCGCCGCUGAAGAAAUCAUCAUUUUCGUCCUCAAGAUGAUGUACCAAACCUACCUCUGUCUGAUCACCCUGGCUGUACGAGGUGUGGUCGAGGCAGCAACGGUGCUGAUCGAGGAUGUUAUUGAUGGAGUGAACAAAACUAUCAAGGCCGUGGAGUCUGAUAUCACAGGCGUCGUUGAGACAUUUGAGAAAGCUCUCAACGACGUGACAUCAUUGAUCAAUGAUCUAGGCGCUUCUAUCCCAACCCUCAAUCUCAACAGUUCUCUCGCCGAGUUGAACGAUUGGUCCAUUCCUUCAUCCGUCGACACGAGCAUUAGCAAGCUCAAUAACUCGAUCCCCAGCUUUACUACCGUUGAAAACUUUACCGAGAAUUUGAUCAAGGAGCCUUUCGAGUAUGUCAAGCAACAACUAAACCUCACCUUGGGCAGCUACACUUUCGACAGCUCCGUACUCACUGUCCCCGCCAAGAAGUCACUGACGUUUUGCAACGACAACGAUGGAAUCAACAGCUUCUUUGACGGAGUGACCGAUGUUGCCAUUACCGCCCGCAAGAUCUUCAUUAUCGUCUGUAUCGUCGCGGCUGUCUUGGCUUGCAUUCCUUCGGCAUACCAAGAAAUCCGACGCUGGCGUCAAAUGAAGGAACGUGCACAACUUGUCCGGAAAGAAGCCCAUGACCCCAUGGACGUUGUUUACAUUGUCUCUCGGCCAUACACCGCCGCCGCCGGUAUCAAGGCCGCAAGUCGAUUCAGCAACAGCCGGCGACAAAUCAUCGUCCGGUGGGCUGUUGCAUAUGCAACCUCACUACCAGCACUCUUUGUUCUCGCCCUUGCAAUUGCCUCCCUACUGGCAUGCCUGUUCCAAUGGAUUAUCCUCCACGAAAUCUCAAAAGAAAUCCCAGCGCUCAGUGCCGAAGUUGGUGAGUAUGCCGAGAAAGUAGUCUCAGCCUUGCAAAACGCCUCAACAGAGUGGGCGGAUGAUGCGAACGGAUACAUUACCAACUUCGACAACGAAAUCAAUAACAAUGUUCUGGGAUGGGUAAACACGACCACUACCGCAGUCAACACUACCCUCAACGACUUCGUUGACAAAGUCACCGUCGUCCUCAACGAUACAUUCGGAGACACAAUACUCCAAGAUCCAAUCCAAGAAGUUUUCAACUGUCUGAUUGGCCUCAAAAUUGCCAGCUUCGAGAAGGGCCUAACCUGGGUCUCGGACAAUGCUCACGUCAACUUUCCUCUCUUCUCAGACGAUGUCUUCUCGAAGGGCGCAAACGAGAGUAUCGCGAACGACUCUUCCGACGACAGCUUCCUCUCUGAUGCAGGCGAUGAAACAUCCAACAAGAUCACUGAGGUCGUUGACGAAGCUAUCCACGCGCUCAAAGAGGCUCUCCGCCAGGAGACAAUCAUCGCAACGGGCAUCUUCCUCGUUUGGGUAGUUAUCGUUAUGAUGGGCGUCCUUCGUGCAAUGUUCCUGUGGUGGGGCCGUGAUCGGAAUCGCGGCGAUGGGGGUGGUCAUGCUAUGGACCCCGUGCCUAAUAACCCCCCGCCACCGCUUGAUUCUCGCGGGUUCACUGAUGUGCCCCUGACAGCUAUACCAAAGGCUGCUUCGGGUGGCGCGCCUCCGGCUCCGAUGUAUGAAGCUAGUGCGGCGAGGGCUGUGCCUGCACAAAAUGACCCGUUUCAUGAUGUUAACGCGUAUCCUGAUGAGAAACUUGGAUUCGCGGGCCAGAGGACUUUGCAGGUUGACACCUCCGCUAGUGUGCGAAAGAGUAAUUGCGUGGAAUAUGACGUGAAGGGUUAG